AUACUGGUAUAAUACUGUCAUGGCGGGGAAGAGCUGUAGCAGGGGGUAAAUCAGGAAGAGAAAGCGCUGUAAGUGGGUUAACACUGAAAUUUGAACAAGUCUAGCAGUUUUUAGGGAAGGACCGAGUGGAUAACUGCUGUCCCUUGUCGAGCACCACUGGCGCUGUUGCGGUAUUUGAGCCACGUUUAGGAGUUCUUGCUCAUGACAGCACUCUACCUGUCAAGCCUGCUGUGACAAUAGCAAGUUCUACUGCUGUAGCCUGACUGGACUAGUGAAGAAAUGAAAGUCGCAGGUGCCUCUCAUAUUGUGACAUAGGGGAGGAAGGGCAAGGUCUCUGCGACUUGCCUUUAGAACCAAAUCUUUUUAAGCCGGUCCAUUUUAGUGAACGGUUUUUGAUGCAUUAUUUCAUUCGCCUCCUUAUCGAGUUUCCGACCGGGGGAGAGGAGUUCUACAUGGAAACGCAGUGACAACUCCAAUGUCGCGGUGUCAUCGGCUAGAAAUCCAACUAUCGUGCGCCUGUGCCUUUCGCGGACUACAAAACAUACUUUGUUGACUCGAAGGCUUAUUUUGGGAACUGUUUUGAAUGGGGAGGGAAAUAUUUUCGUUGUUUACCUCCAGACUGUCGACAUAGCUGGAAAGAGGAUACCAUUGUUUUUUUUCUUUCACCGACUUUACUGUAUCCCAUUACCGCCUUUGGGGGUGAACAGGUGCCUUACCUGUUACCGCCACCUGUACUCCUGUAGCAAUGGCUAGCGAGGAGACGCCUGGUGCUGGGCGACCAGCCGGGCAAGUUGAUGGAGCUGCGGCGGUGUCGCUCAACCCUGGGAUCCCAAUCCGAGGAAUCAAAAUGAAAUUCGCUGUCCUCGCCGGCCUGGUGGAAGUUGGGGAAGUUUCCAACCGGGACAUUGUGGAGACCGUCUUCAACCUGUUGGUGGGGGGCCAGUUUGACCUGGAGAUGAACUUCAUUAUCCAGGAGAAGGACAGCAUUGUGUGCAUGGUGGAGCUGCUGGACAAGUGUGAGCCCACUUGCCAGGCGGAGGUGUGGAGCAUCUUCACGGCUAUCCUGAAGAAGAGCGUGAGGAACCUGCAGGCCUGCACCGACACGGCCCUCAUCAACCUCGUCCUGGACCGCGUGGCCCACACUGACAGCAUGAUCGCAGACCUGAUGGUGGACAUGCUAGGAGUGCUGGCCAGCUACAGCAUCACAGUCAAGGAGCUGAAGUUGUUCUUCAGCAAACUGCAAGGAGAGAAAGGCCAAUGGCCUCCCCAUGCGGUGAAGCUGCUGUCUGUCCUGAGGAGCAUGGCCCACCGGAACGGACCUGACUCCUUCUUCAGCUUCCCAGGGAAGAGUGCUGCUGCUAUAGCUCUGCCCCCUAUAGCCAAAUGGCCGUACCAGAGUGGAUUCACCUUCCACACGUGGCUCCGCAUGGAUCCAAUCAACAACAUCAAUGUUGACAAGGACAAGCCUUACCUGUACUGUUUUCGCACCAACAAAGGUCUGGGAUACUCUGCACACUUUGUGGGCGGCUGUUUGAUUGUGACCUCGUUAAAGUCCAAGGGGAAGGGAUUCCAGCACUGUGUGAAAUAUGACUUCAAACCACAGAAGUGGUACAUGGUGACCAUCGUUCACGUCUACAACCGCUGGAAGAACAGUGAGAUCAGCUGCUACGUCAAUGGAGAGCUCGCCUCCUACGGAGAAAUUACCUGGUUCGUCAACACCAGCGACACUUUCGACAAGUGUUUCCUGGGUUCGUCAGAGACGGCGGACGCCAACCGUGUGUUCUGUGGUCAGAUGGGGGCGGUGUAUCUGUUUGGCGAGGCCCUCAGUGCAGCCCAGAUCCUGGCCAUCUACCAGCUGGGGCCUGGUUACAAGGGCACGUUCAAGUACAAGGCUGAGAGUGACCUCCUGUUUGCUGAGCACCACAAGACCCUACUGUACGACGGCAAGCUGUCCUCUGGCAUCUCCUUCUCCUACAACCCCCGCGCCACUGACGCUCAGCUGUGCCUGGAGUCCUCCCCCAAGGACAACGCCUCCAUUUUCGUCCACUCGCCACAUGCACUCAUGCUGCAGGAUGUGAAGGCUGUGGUGACCCACUCGGUCCAGAGUGCCAUCCACUCCAUCGGGGGAGUGCAGGUCCUCUUCCCCCUGUUUGCACAGCUGGAUCACCUCCAGCACACCAGCGAUGAACUGGACACCUCUGUCUGUUGCACUUUGCUGUCCUUUGUGAUGGAGCUGCUGAAGAACUCUGUGGCUAUGCAAGAGCAGGUCCUGGCCUGCAAGGGCUUCCUGGUCAUCGGUUACACCCUGGAGAAGUCUUCCAAGGUGCAUGUUACUCGGUCCGUGCUGGACAUCGUGCUGGCCUUCGCCCGUUACCUCAGCAACCUGCAGAACGGCGUCCUGCUGCUCAAGCAGCUGUGUGACCACAUCCUGUUCAACCCUGCCAUCUGGAUCCAUGCCCCUGCCAAGGUGCAGUUAGUGUUGUACACCUACCUGUCGACUGAGUUCAUCAGCACGGUGACCAUCUACAACGCCAUCCGCAGGGUGGGCACGGUCCUGCAGGUCAUGCACACGCUCAAGUACUACUACUGGGUCGUCAACCCCCAGGACCGCAGCGGAGUCACGCCCAAGGGCCUCGACGGUCCGAGACCCAAUCAGAAGGAGAUCCACUCUCUCAGAGCCUUUCUGCUGCUGUUUGUGAAACAACUCAUAAUGAAGGAUUACGGAGUGAAGGAAGAUGAGCUUCAGAGUAUUCUCAACUACCUACUCACCAUGCAUGAGGACGACAAUCUAAUGGAUGUGCUUCAGCUGCUGGUGGCUCUGAUGUCGGAGCAUCACGGCUCCAUGGUGCAGGCCUUUGAUCAGCGCAACGGAGUACGGGCCAUUUACAAGCUGCUGGCUUCCAACAGUGAAGGAAUCAGAGUUCAGGCACUCAAAGUCUUGGGCUACUUCCUCAAACACUUGCCCGCUAAGAGGAAGUCAGAGGUCAUGCUGGGUCACGGGCUCUUCUCCCUGCUCAACGAGCGACUGAUGCUCCACUCCAACCAGUUCAGCAUGACAACCUACAACGUGCUCUUCGAGAUCCUGACCGAGCAGAUCUGCACUCAAGUGAUCCAUAAACAGCAUCCGGACCCCGACUCCAAUGUGAAGAUUGUCAACCCGCAGGUCCUGAAGGUGAUCGCUGCCCUGCUGAAGAACUCUCCCCUCUCCCCAGAGAGCAUGGAGGUGCGCAGGGUCUUCCUGUCAGACAUGAUCAAACUGUUCAAUAACAGCAAAGAUAACAGGAGGAGCCUGCUGCAGUGCUCGGUGUGGCAGGAUUGGAUGCUCUCUCUGUGCUUCAUCAACCCCAAGAGCAGCGAGGAGCAGAAGGUCACUGAGAUGGUGUACGCCAUCUUCCGCAUCCUGCUCUACCACGCCAUCAAGUACGAGUGGGGCGGCUGGCGCGUGUGGGUGGACACCCUGUCCAUCACCCACUCCAAGGUGACCUUUGAGCAGCACAAGGAGAACCUGGCCCGUAUGUUCCGUCAGUACCAGAGACUGGGCUCCGAGGGCGAUGCAGCUGGUAUCCGGACCAUUUCCGGGGCCAGCCGAGACUCUGAGAUUCUGGGUCAGCUCCGGACCAACAGGGAUCAGGGGGAGGAGACUGCCCCCUCCACCGUGAUCGAGCUCACCAUUGACCCAGAGGGGGUCCCCCAGAACCAGGAGUCCCCCAACACUACCCCUCCCUCAGCAACCUCAGCAUCUGCUUCCACCCCCAGCCCUCCAGAGAGAGAAGGAGAUAGAAGUCAGAGGGGUCAAGCACCCAUAACUGUGUCCAACAUGCUGGCCAGAGCUGAAGAAGAGGAGGAGGAGGAACUACAGCAGGUCCAGAAUCAGAUCUCUGAGGAUCAGAGAGGAGGUGCUGGUGACAGAGCUGAAGCUACUCCACAGGAGACUGAAGCUAAACUUACUGGGGAUAAAGUCAGCAGUAAGACUGUUGAGGCCAUGGCUGAGACGGAGACAGCCACAGACAAGACUGAUGAAGCUGCAGCAGCUAGCACAGCUGAAACAGACGAAGCGACCAGGCCAGAAACUGAUGACGCGAAGGUGGCUAAAUCAGAUGCUAAAACAUCUGAUACUGACAAAGUAGUUAGACCUCAAACGGAUGGAGAGAAGGGGUCAGAAACGCACAGCUGCAAAACCGCCAACGUUCUUAUGUCUGAAGAUUCCCUGAACGAACCCAAGGAAUCGGAACUGGCAAAGCAACCGGAGGAACAGGUCUCUGCUGCCAUCUCGGCCUGCCAGCAGGGCAGCGUGGCGGAGGGGUCAGCGGUCGUGGCAUCUGUCCAGUCAGUCAGUGACCAGGUCCAACCCAGCUCCACCGACGACAGCAUGGAGGAAUCCUCUUUUGUCUCCGCCGCUGGUGGAGAGGAGGAAGAAAAGGAGGAAGAGGAGGUGAAGACAGAGGAGGUUGUUGUUGAGGAGGAGAAGAUAGAAGAGGUUAAAGCAGAGGAGAUCAAGACAGAGGUUAAAACUGAAAAGGAGAAGGAAGAGGAGAUUGUUGCCGAGGUCACAAAGUCAGCAGUGGAAAGUCGAGCGACACCACCUGCUUCUGUACCUGAGGAGAGUCAGACACAACCCCCUGAAAUGGAGGAGAUUGACCUUAACCCGUCUGCACCAGGCACCGACCCCACCAGCACAGAGCCAGCACGGCAGCCUUUAGAGUCCACAACAUCGCCCCCUACAGCCCUGGAGGCCAUACUACCACCAGCAGCAGUAAGAGCCACUGUCUCUAAAUCUGACACCUCACAGGCUGUAGCACCAGCAGAGGCCCCCAGCACCAAGGCGGUCCAGCCAGAAGCCCCACAGGCCUCAGGGACCACAGAGGCCCCCAGCAGCAGGACUGAAACCUCUCCGAAGGUAGCCACUGCUACUGCUGUGGAGGCAGGGAAAGAGGGCCCUGGCUCUGCCACCAAGACCAAAGAGAUCCACAUUGCCAGGCUGGAUGUGUCCAGUGUGGCCUCAGACACAGAGAGACUGGCUCUAAAGGAGACCACACCUGAAGUUCCUCAGGGCGACGCGGCUCCAGCCGGUGCCUCAGGAGGCCAGGCCAGCGAGAGCAGCUCCUCCGCUCGCUCCACCAUGUUCCGUAUUCCAGAGUUCCGUUGGUCUCACAUGCACCAGCGCCUGCUCACAGACCUGCUCUUCUCCAUCGAGACUGACGUGCAGAUGUGGAGGAGUCACUCCACUAAGACGGUGAUGGACUUUGUGAACAGCACUGAGAAUGUGGUGUUUGUCCACAACACAGUGCACCUCAUCUCUCAGGUGGUGGACAACCUCAUCAUGGCCUGUGGAGGCAUCCUGCCCCUGCUUUCUGCUGCCACAUCCUCCUCACAUGAUCUGGAGAACAUUGAGCCGUCCCAGGGUCUGUCGGUGGAGGCCUCGGUCACCUUCCUGCAGCGCCUCAUCAACCUGGUGGAUGUUCUGAUCUUCGCCUCCUCCCUCAACUUCACCGAGAUCGAGGCUGAGAAGAACAUGUCCUCUGGCGGUAUCCUCAGACAGAGCCUCCGCCUGGUGUGUGCCAUGGCUGUGAGGAACUGUCUGGAAUGUCAGCAGCAGUCUCACUUCAAGCCCAGCCAGGACAGCGCCCGCUGCCAGCAAGCCGUGCACAGCCUCAUGGGAGCUGCCAAGUCCAUGCCCGCGCAGAGCCCUGUUGAUGUUGUGACAGGAGGGAUGUCUCCCAUCAGAGACAUGGACCGUCUGCUACAGGAAAUGGACAUCAACCGCCUCAGAGCCGUGGUCUUCAGAGAUAUCGAGGACAGUAAGCAGGCUCAGUUCUUGGCCCUGGCCGUGGUUUACUUCAUCUCUGUUCUCAUGGUGUCCAAGUACCGAGACAUCCUGGAGCCCCAAAACGACAAGAAACUCCCCCAGCGCAGCCAGUCUGCCAGGAGCACAGACAGUAAUACCGUCUCUGGCGGUCCCGACCUGGAGAGCAGUGUGUCCCUCCGUCGCCGAGACUCUGGCAUCGGGGAUGACCAUAGCUCCGUGGCCCCCAGCGAGGCGGACACCACCGCCCAGGGGCCCGACGCCGUGUCCGAGGCCCUGUCCACCCUCUCCUCAGAGGUCAGGGGUCACAGAGACAACCCCACGGCAGACGCCAGGGGCGGGAAGAACGUGAAGGACAUCCUGCGCAGCCUGGUCUCGGCGCCUGCUGAUGACAUCAUGGUGGACCCCAGCCUUCUGCCGCCGGCCUUCCUGGGAGCUGCGAUGGGAAACAAUCCCAACCAGUUCAGAUCCUUUGACAGAAGCGUUCGGGUGGCGCCCAAGAAGGUUGGCGGGGCUCCGUCCCCAGGCUCCUCCACUCCUGUCCCAUCAGCCACCGCUGCUGUGGGGGCCGCCGGGACACCAGUCAACAAUGUUGCCGUGGUUUCCACGGGCGAUGCCUCCCAGAGCACCACCGCUGAGGCUGCAGCCGGAUCAGCCAGCACCAACCUGCCAUCUGUCCCCACGCUGUCCCCAAUGACCCGGGACACAGCCCCCAGUAUGAGUAUCUCAGAGAGGCUGGAGCAUGCUCUGGAUAAGGCUGCCCCCCUACUGAGAGAGAUCUUUGUGGACUUUGCCCCCUUCCUCUCUCGCACCCUGCUGGGUAGUCACGGACAGGAGCUCCUCAUCGAGGGCACCAGUCUGGUGUGUAUGAAGUCCAGCAGUUCGGUGGUAGAGCUGGUCAUGCUGCUCUGUUCUCAGGAGUGGCAGAACUCUAUCCAGAAGAACGCAGGCUUGGCCUUCAUCGAGCUGGUCAACGAGGGCAGGCUACUAAGCCACACCAUGAAGGACCACCUGGUGCGGGUGGCCAAUGAGGCUGAGUUCAUCCUGAGCCGUCAGAGAGCCGAGGACAUCCACAAACACGCUGAGUUUGAGUCCCACUGUGCCCAGUACUCGGCUGAGAAGCGUGAUGAGGAGAAGAUGUGCGACCACCUGAUCCGAGCGGCCAAGUACCGCGACCACGUGACAGCCACCCAGCUCAUCCAGAAGAUCGUCAACAUCCUGACAGACAAACACGGUGCCUGGGGAAGCUCUGCCUUCAGCCGUCCUCGGGAGUUCUGGCGCCUCGACUACUGGGAGGAUGACUUGAGGCGGCGCCGGCGCUUCGUCAGAAACCCCUUCGGAUCCACUCAUUCAAAGGCCACGCUCAAAGCUGCAGCCGAACACGUGGUGCCUGGCAUUAAUGCUCCGGAGGAAGAUAUCCUCAAAGGCAAACAGUCAAUCAGAAGUCAGGCGAUGGGAAAUCAGAACUCUGAGAGUGAGAUAUUGUUGGAUGGCGACGAUGACACUCUAUCAUCCUUGGAGGAGAAGGAAUUGGAGAACCUAACAGGCCCUGUAAACAUGAGCACUAGCGCUCAGCUGGUCGCCCCGGCGGUGGUGGUGAAAGGAACGCUGUCCAUCACUGCAUCUGAACUCUACUUCGAGGUGGAUGAAGAUGAGGCCAGCUUUAAGACGAUCGAUCCAAAGAUCCUAACCUACACAGAGGGCCUUCAUGGUAAAUGGCUGUUCACAGAGAUCAGGGCUGUCUUCUCCAGACGUUACUUGCUACAGAACACUGCUCUGGAUUUCAUGGCCAACAGAACUGCGGUCAUGUUCAACUUCCCAGAUGCAGGCACGGUCAAGAAGGUGGUCCAAUGCCUCCCUCGCGUGGGGGUGGGCACCAACUUUGGCCUCCCACAGACCAGGCGUAUCUCCCAGGCCAGUCCCAAGCAGCUCUACAAGGCCUCCAACAUGACCCAGCGCUGGCAGCGCAGAGAGAUCUCCAACUUUGAGUACCUGAUCUUCCUCAACACCAUCUCUGGCCGUACGUACAACGACCUGAAUCAGUACCCCGUCUUCCCCUGGGUCAUCACGAACUACGACACUGGAGACCUGGACCUCACUCUGCCCAGCAACUACAGAGACCUGUCCAAGAGCCCGUUGAUGUUCACGGAGCAGAUGCAGCAGGAUGUCAUCAUGGUGUUGAAGUUCCCCAGCAACUCUCCUGUGGCCCACGUGGCCGCCAACACCCAGCCGGGCCUCGCCACGCCCGCCAUCAUCACCGUCACCGCCAACCGCCUCUUCGCCGUCAACAAGUGGCACUGCCUGGCCGGUCAUCAAGGCUCCUCUGUGCAGGACCAGCAGUACCAACUGCCUGUGGAAAUAGACCCCCUGAUAGCCAGUAAUGUGGGGACCCACCGUCGUCAGAUCACAGACCUGUUGGACCAGAGCAUUCACAUCCACUCUCAGUGUUUCAUCAUCACUGCAGACAACCGCUUCAUCCUGCUCUGUGGCUUCUGGGACAAGAGCUUCCGCGUCUAUUCCACUGACUCAGGGAAGCUGACCCAGAUAGUGUUUGGUCACCGUGACGUGGUGACGUGUCUGGCCAGGUCUGAGUCGUACAUCGGAGGGGACUGCUACGUCCUGUCAGGCUCCAGAGACGCCACGUUACUGCUCUGGUACUGGAACGGAAAACACAGCAGCAUCGGAGAGAACCCCGGAACUGAGUUUGUGACGCCCAGAGCCAUUCUGACGGGUCAUGACUGUGAGGUGACCUGCGCCAGUGUGUGUGCCGAGCUGGGACUGGUCAUCAGUGGCUGCAGAGAGGGCCCGUGUCUGAUUCAUUCCAUGAAUGGGGACCUGCUGCGGACCCUGGAGGGCCCGGGGGGCUGCUCGCAGCCCCGUCUCAUCCAGUCCUCUACAGAGGGCCACGCCGUAGUCUACUACGACAAGGGACACUUCUGCUUCUUCUCCAUCAAUGGAAAGCUGCUGGGACACAUGGAGGUGGAGGAGAACAUCAGGGCCAUGCUGCUGAGUCGGGACGGACAGUACCUGCUGACGGGGGGAGACGGGGGAGUUCUGUCUGUCUGGCAGGUUCACAACCUCAAACAGAUGUUCACCUACCCUGGCUGUGACGCAGGCAUCCGCUCCAUGGCCAUGUCCAACGACCAAAGGUGCAUCAUAACCGGCAUGGCGUCUGGUAGUAUAGUCCUGUUCUACAACGACUUCAACAGGUGGCACCACGAGUACCAGACCAGAUACUGAGGCAGGACCACACAACAACAAUCCCUGAGAAUCUGGUUAACGUGGGACCUACCUACUGCAAUCCUGUCGUUCGAUGUACUAAGGCACUACUCAAUACAUAUUGAUAUCCUGAAUGUAUCUUAAGAGAAGAAAAACUGUCUGAUUCUGUCGAAAGAAGCAAACUAUUUUUAAAAAAAGGGCAUUGCUAUAUUUUGUAGGGCAUAUCGAAAAUUUCAUAUAAUAUCUUAGGGUGGGGUUAUACCUAUGGUUACAAAUCUAUUUUUAGCUUGAUAAGAGUCUAUUUUCAUCUCGAGCAGAGGAAAAUAAGGGUUCAAAGUGGAAGUAGGUAGAAAAGUAUAUUUGCAUCUAUUGUCUUAAGAAUCCAUAUAUUUGUGUACUUAGGGGUGAGUGAUUAUUUUCAAUAGGUGUGAAACGUGGAGAUAUAAUCAUUCUUUUGGUCAUUAAUAUCCUUUUUUUCAUGCUCUUUUUGCUACUGUGUGGAAAUACAGGGAAAUAAAAUCUAAGUUUGUGUGGCGAUCGAGCAGGAAGUUCAGUAAGUCCUUUAUGUGUUCAUGACUUGAGAGGGAAUAUAUUCUAUUUAAAUGUUUGUACCCACCUCUGUGUAAACGGACAGAUCUUGCCUUCCUGUGCAUGAGUUAUUCCUCUGCUGUCCUGAUGGUGGUGUACACUGCACAAAGACUUGUCACCAGUUGUCAUAUGUGUAUCAGACAGUCAAUCAUAGUAACAAGAUGACUGCCGGUGUGAUUAGUUUGUAUCCGAGUGUUGUCAUGACGAUCAUUAGCUUUAUGUAUUACUGUAACCAUACUGAUGAAUAAUAUGUCUGUCAGUAGAAACAAAUGUCAUGGGCUACGUCCUAAUUUUGUAAAAUGGCGUACUUUCCUCAUCACCUAUCAGAACUUUACAUGAAGGAGACGGGACGAGGAAAGGAAGCCAUUCCAAAUGGCCGACGUAGCCAUGAUGUGCUUCUUUGUAUAACUUCUUGUUAGCUUUUCCUCCACUGAGGCAUUUGCAGUACUUAAGCAUAUACUGUAUCAUAUUAGCGAUCGACACAGUGCCCAAACCAUGCUAGGAUCAAUCAAAGUAUCUCAUCUUGGCAAAGAGAGGUGCAGCGAAAUGAGGGACUUGUCAGUCUGUCUGUGUCACGGUGAAUAUUCACGGGUUAAACCAGACCACAGACAGCCCGGGUCCUGGACAGCCAAAGGGUGUGCACUUUUUGGUUCAAGCCCAGCUUUAAAAUACCCGAUUCUACCUAAUUAUGGGCCUUCAGGUCAAAACUGAAUUGAAUCAGGUGUUUUGGUGCAGGGUUGGAACACCCGAUGUGGUUCCAAUACAACGGUUGCUCAUAAGGAGAAACAUUCCGUGUUGGUUUGAUCUACGCUUGGUGUGGUUACCAUUACAAUGAAAUGGCUACUACUGUAUUUUCUAUGUAUCGCUCAAUAUUUUGGCAAUCAAUUUGGAAUGAGUGUUUUUGACGCGUGAUGAGUUCUGACAAAUAAAAUUGAAUUUUUUAACUUGA